ACCUGGAGACCUACUAACGUAUUGAUGCAUUCACGGAUACAAAUUGACAUGUAAAACUUACUUGAUCAGCAAGAAGAAGAAGAAGAAGAAGAAUGACAAAGAGACAUGGAUAUUGGACCGUCACUUUGUGCCCCAGACAAAUGAAACAGAUUAGAAUCAAGAAUGUUUUUAUAGUCUCAGUUAACCAGAGCCUACGUCACACCACAUGUGAUAGCUAUGUGGCUUAUGAUUGGAUGAAAAUCAACACUGUGACAGAUAAUUGACAGGUAUCAUAGAUAUUAUGGGUUGGGAAGCUAAAUAUAAAUAUAAAACGUUACCACCCCCAAAACAACGCCUAUAAUUCCUAUGCCCGGCCAGGUAUGAAAUUCCAAAUAUAUAUGAAUACCUAGCCUGAGUAUCAGGCCUUCAAUGAGAAUGAAUACCUGAUGUAUUGAUGCAUUCACUGAUACAAAAUGACCUACGAAACUUGAACAGCGAAGAGAAUAAGAAGAGAGAGAAACGACGCUGCCUUCGAUUUGACUUGAACCCACGAAGCAGACAGGAAGUACAGUAUAAGAGUGCAAUGCAUUCAUACUAUAACAGGUAUCCUAAUCCCUGUUCAAGAAACGGCUGACUUCAGGGUUGUGACGUUUUACCUGAAACAAUUAAGAAAUUUGGGAAAAAUCCUUACCUGACGAAGAAAUGACAACUGUAUUUUUGUUAAGAGCUCUGAAAGUCCAAGACGUGUUGGGUUACCUGUGGUGUCCUAAACCAUGAUGCAACGCGGCAUAAUAACAUUACGUCACAGUGUUUACAAACGAAGCACAACAAUAACAAGACAAAACAAUAUCUCAUGAAAAACAUGCUGGAACUGUAAACAAGUAAUAAAUAUGUUUUCUAUCAUAAAGAGGCUAGGACAGGGUAAACAAGCUGCCUGUACGAGAGAACAUUUAAGCAAUGGAUCAUAAGUAGCUGUGCGUUCAUCGAGUUAUGGACGAAGCACGAAGAAAAGCGUAAAGAGUUGCACUACGCAAAGUGGAGUGCAACUCUAGCUUUUUUGAGUGCUUAAGCAACCUCCCAAUUGCAUCCAUGACUCGAUGGACGCACAGCUACUUAUGAUCCAUUACUUUUAUAAUAUAGUCAAGUGAACAAACAAGAAAUAAAUACAAAUUAUAGACUGUAUUUGUUGAUCAUGCCCUAAAUUCUCCUUACGCACCUUGCGUGCGAAUGAAAAGCACAAAGGCGCCAAAAACAGAAAAAAACAGUCGUUUUGAAAAUGGCAGCUUUACACUGCAUGAAGACUGUUAUGACUAAAAUAAUGGCAAAAAUUUAGCUUACCAGGGAAUCAAAAAUGUUCAAAACUACGGAGAAAGUGAUUUUCAACUGUAAGAAGUACAUUUCAAAUGUUGACAUAUCUUAGUACAGUUAAAUGCCCGAGAAAAUCAAUGAAAAACACAGUGGCUGUCUUGGUUGUUGUUGGCGAUGUUCAAGUUUGUUAUCGUACAAUGACUUAGCAAUGGAAAGCUUCUUGUACACGGAUCAAAACUAACUGACUGAACUGGAUUAAUUUUCUCUGGAUAGUAUGCUAUGUCGGCUUUCCCUCCCAUGUGGAGCUUCAGAAAGGACUUCACUGCAGUUGUGAAGCUGCGAAGUAGAUGAUAACCAACCCAGUGCCACCAUAUGCCUGAGCUCUGUCAUUGUUAAAGUACUUUAUUCUCAGAGCAAGAGAUGUUUAGUGAUGGAGAACACAGCUAAAGUUGCUGGUGACAGACUAUCAGACCUGACAUCAAGAGAAGGUGACUGGUUUUUAGAAGAGCUAUGUUCAAUGAGCGGUAAUGUCACACAGCUUCUGUCCCUGCUGAGAGGUCAUCCUCUGGUCAUUGAAGAACAGAAGAGUUCGUCUAAAGAAGAACUAAACAACUCUAUCAAGGGCAUUUUUGCAGUUCACAAAGUCUUCUCUGCCCUUCAGGAAUUGAUGACAAACUUCAGGAAUAUCAUUGUUCCUGAGGCCAUCAAGAGUUUCACUUCAGGAGAUCCUAGCGUAACUCGUAUGUUAGAGAGCUUAGAGAGACUUGUACAUGGAGAAGAUAUUGCUGCACUGGCCAAAACGUUAGAAAGAGAGAUGAACAGUUCACAUGAAUGCCAGGAUGUUAAUUCCUCCAGCAUCAGUUCAAAGAUAUCCAUAUUACAGCAGCAGUUUGAUGCCAUCCAACAGUCAAGGAAUGCAAUCGGGAAGAAGUCAAGUGAACAGAUGUCAGCAGGACAGAUGUUACUGGCAGGUUUUAAUGGACUCUUCACUAAAGUUGAAAGUGAAUUGGAUUUGAUGAAUGCGAUCUUAGCCCAGGUGAACAGCAGUUUUGGGAAUAAAACUUGUGAUGUUGUACAAGAAGCUAAAAAGCUGCAG